AUGACCUACGUCUCAAAUGAUCCCAGUUACUGGCUGACUAUCAUUUUGAAUAUAUUUUUCAGCUAUUGGGAAGUUGCCGCGUGCGUCGUGGUGGUAUACGAUUGGGUCUUAACACUCGGACAAGAGAUUGAACUCAUAUGGAGACAACGCUGGUCUCUCAUGACCGUGCUGUAUUUGAUUAUACGCUAUAUUGGAAUAACGUAUCCUGUUGUCAAUCUUCUGAGCGCUGCCGUGUACUACGCAACAGAUGAGACAAUUGUGGCUUUGAAUGCCAUGUUGGGCGUGAUCAUGAUUGCUCGGUUGCAUGCCAUGUAUCAGGGAUCUAGAACGAUGCUUGUCUUCCUUGUUAUUAUCUUCCUGGCUGUAAACAUUACAUGCGGAGUAAUGUCGACAAUGGGACUAAACGACACUGUAGCAGAUGAGUGGAUACUCUCUGGCACAUAUAUGUGCUAUUAUGCAUAUGGAGGGAACGUGCACCUUCUGUUUUCGAUGUUUUGGAUGCUCAACACUGUUUGGGAGGUCCUCGCACUGUGCCUUUCAGUCUGGGUUGCUGUGAAACACUUCCGCGAGCUGCGACGACUCGGCCCAUCGACAGGAUCGACCAUCGGGGACUGUUUCAGAGUGCUGAUACAAUCUCAUGUUCUUUAUUUUGCAAGCUUUGUUGGUGUCUCUUGCCUCCAGCUUGCUUCUCUCUCUCCAGAAAUCUUGAAUUCGAGCUCUAUUGGAGUUUCGAUACUCAGUGGUGCUAUUCAAAUUUUAUCGGUCGUGCAGAUGUUUGUGCUAGGACCACGCCUCAUCCUGAGCGUUCGAGAAUACCAUGCCAAACUGGUGGCAUACUCGGACGCAGAAACUAGCAUGAAUUCGAUUGUUUUCCAGGAGCAUGUACAUGUAUCGACUAGCAGUACUGUGUAG